AUGGUAAUCUUCAAGCUGUGGAACUAUCAGAUCAAAGUCAACAUUAUGAAGACACAGGGGGGAAAGGAGAUCAAAAUCCAAGACGGGUUGCCUGACAACAUCAUGAAAAUAAGUAUCUUGUUUGCAGACAUCGUGGGGUUUACCAGUCUGGCGUCUCAGUGUACUGCCCAGGAACUGGUCAAACUGCUCAACGAACUAUUCGGGAAGUUUGACGAGCUGGCCACAGAGAACCACUGUAGGCGUAUAAAGAUUCUGGGGGACUGUUACUACUGUGUGUCAGGUCUGACCCAACCCAAGGCAGACCAUGCACACUGUUGUGUAGAGAUGGGCCUGGACAUGAUUGACACUAUCACGUCUGUGGUGGAGGCUACAGAGGUGGAUCUGAACAUGCGUGUGGGUCUGCACACGGGUCGGGUACUCUGUGGGGUUCUGGGACUCCGGAAGUGGCAGUAUGAUGUCUGGUCCAAUGAUGUCACUCUGGCCAAUGUGAUGGAGGCAGGAGGACUGCCUGGUAAGGUCCACAUAACCAGGACUACUCUAGAGUGUUUGAAUGGAGACUAUGAGGUGGAGCCUGGCUUUGGCCAUGAUAGACACGCCUUCCUACAGAAACACAACAUUGAGACCUUCUUCAUAGUACCCUCCCACAGGCGAAAGAUCUUCCCAGGGUUGAUCCUGUCGGAUAUCAAGCCAGCCAAGAAGAUGAAGUUUAAGACAGUGUGCUACCUGCUUGUUCAGCUCAUGCACUGUAGGAAGAUGUUCAAGGCGGAGAUCCCCUUCUCUAACGUCAUGACCUGCGACGACGAUGACAAGAGGCGUGCGUUGCGGACGGCAUCGGAGAAGGUGCGUAGCCGGACGUCGUUCUCAGGCUCUGUGCAGCACCCGCCUGGUACACGGGUUAACCGCUACAUUGGCCGGCUAAUCGAGGCUCGUCAGACAGACUCACAGACCACCGACCUCAACUUCAUCACACUCACCUACAGGAACACAGACAGGGAGCGCAGGUAUAACCAGGAGUAUGAUGGUAAUUUCAUCAGUGCAGUGAUUGUCUCUCUGGCCCUCGCUGCUCUCUUUGGCCUUAUCUAUCUUUUGAUGAUACCACAGGGACUGUUGGUGCUGCUGUUGCUGGUGAUGUGUUUGUGCUUCCAUGUGGUCUGUGUGAUGUAUCUUUACAUCACAAAUGUUCAGUGUUUUCCAGGGUGUCUCACCAUUCAGAUCCGAACAGCGCUCUGUGUGUUUCUAGUCCUGUUGACCUACUCUGUCACCCAAGCCUGUGUGGUGAGCUGUUUACCCUGGGUCUGGAUUAUGGGAGGUAACUCCAGUAGCAGCUCCGUGGAGACUGUUUCCAUGGACACGCCGAGCGAGCCAGGGCCAAUGAACAGUACGGUAGCAGAGGGGGUGUGUCCGAACGUUUCUUACGCUCUCCUCUCCUGCGUGGCCGGAACUCUCACCGUCAUCCCUUACCUCCGCGUCUCCUCGUUACCUAAGAUACUCCUGCUCUUCCUUCUCUCGGUCCUUUACACCGUUGCCAUGGAGACCAGCGGGUACCGCAUCGCCGUGGGGGGAGGUUUGCUCCACCCUCGGCGGUAUGAUCCAGUGCUGGGUCUCCUGUUGUUUUCUGUAGCUCUGGCUCUACACUGUAGACAACUGGACCUCAAACUACGCCUAGACUACCUGUGGGCCACUCAGGCAGAGGAGGAGAGAGGCGACAUGGAGAAGGUGAAGCUGGACAACAAGAGGAUCCUGUUCAAUCUCCUACCUGCACAUGUUGCGCAGCACUUCCUCAUGUCCAACCCCCGCAACAUGGACCUGUACUACCAGUCGUAUAGUCAGGUAGGAGUGCUGUUUGCCUCCAUCGCUAAUUUCAAUGACUUCUACAUUGAGCUGGACGGCAACAACAUGGGAGUGGAGUGUCUCAGGCUGCUCAACGAGAUCAUCGCAGACUUUGACGAGCUGAUGGAUAAAGAGUGCUAUAAGGACAUUGAGAAGAUCAAAACUAUCGGCAGCACAUACAUGGCUGCAGUAGGCCUGGUACCUACCACUGGCUCCAAGGCUAAGAAGUCCACCUCCUCACACUUAUGCACAGUGGCAGAUUUUGCUGUUGAGAUGUAUGAUGUACUGGAUGCCAUCAACUACCAGUCGUACAACGACUUUGUCUUGAGAGUGGGUAUUAACGUGGGUCCAGUAGUAGCAGGAGUGAUCGGAGCACGGAGGCCUCAGUAUGAUAUCUGGGGGAAUACAGUCAACGUGGCCAGCAGGAUGGACACCACCGGACUACCGGGAAAGAUACAGGUGACAGAAGAUGUGCAGCGCAUCAUCAAGGGUCAAUAUGACUUUGUGUGCCGUGGCAAGGUCAGCGUCAAGGGCAAAGGACAGAUGCUUACCUACUUCCUGGAGGGGCGGAUCCCCGGCAGGGGGUCACAGCAUCAGCCCAGGAACCUGGAUCGCUCCCGGACAAGUCUGUUCAACCGUUCAGCCAUUAGCAACAUCUGCACCAAACUGAGCCCCGCCCCCACCAUGACCACCUAUUCCACGAUGCGAAACCCCACCCCCGGCAUAGCCACUGCAGCAACCACCUCCACAAACAGCACCAUCCUCUACCUGCCCUCUGUGGCUGUUCCCACGGCGAUGGAGCGGCUGCUAGGGUCUAUCAACACCACCAAGACAGUGGUGGUCUGCCAAUGGAGAUCCAGCCUUCCACCCACCAUGCCUGUCUUCACCAUUGAACACAAAUCGCUGGCAAUAGUCCCGUCCUUCAAAUACCUUGGCAGCAUCCUCUCGGAGGACUGCAGCAUCAACCUCGAAAUUCCAAAUGGGAUCAAGCAAGCAUCAGCUACCUUCGGGAAUCUCAGACGCAGGGUCUUCCAAAACAGGGAUCUCCACCUACACAUCAAAGUCGCCAUCUAUCAAGCCUUCUGGAUCACCACACUUCUUUACAGCUGUGAAGCCUGGGUCACUUACAGUCGCCACAACAAGCAGCUUGAGCGAUUCCACAUAAGAUGCCUGCAGCGCAUCCUGCGAAUCACCUGGUGCAGCCAUGUGCCCCAUACAGAAAUACUUGCUAAGACCAACUGA